AUGAGCCUAAACACAUUUGCCUGGGCAGAUGCAGACGCAUGGGCCGGACAGGUAAUUGCUCGGAAUGACAAGUUUUACUUUUAUGCACCGGUUCGCCAUGGUGCAACUGCCACCAAAGCCAUCGGGGUUGGCGUCAGUGAUAAUAUCACUGGCCCGUACACCGAUGCAUUGGGACACCCUCUGGUCGAAAAUGGAGCGAUCGACCCUACAGUAUAUAUUGACGAUGAUGGUCAGGCCUAUUUGUACUGGGGAAACCCUGGUCUGUGGUAUGUCAAGUUGAACGAGGAUAUGAUCUCCUAUAGUGGAAGUGUCACUCCAGUCGACCUCACGGUUGAAGGAUUCGGCAGCCCAAAUGAGGGUUCCGACGAGGAGACUUCAUUUGACGAGGCGCCCUGGAUUUAUAAACGCGACGACAUUUACUAUAUGAUCUUUGCUGGCAACUGUUGUCCCGAGAAUAUUCGAUACUCGACUGGCACUAGCAUCACUGGACCCUGGACAUAUCAAGGCGUCAUCAUGCCGACACAGGGUGCUAGUUUCACAAAUCACCCUGGAAUUGUCGAUUUUGCUGACAGAUCAUAUUUCUUCUAUCACAAUGGGGCCCUUCCCGGUGGCUCCGGCUAUACGAGAUCCGUGGCUGUCGAGGAAUUCACCUACAAUUCAGAUGGUACGAUACCUGAAAUCAACAUGACUGAAGAUGGCCCGGCACAGGUUGGGAAUUUGGACCCAUAUUCCCGCCAGGAAGCAGAGACAAUUGCUUGGUCCGAUGGCAUUGAUGUGGAAAGUUCCAGUGACGGUGGCAUCCAUGUCGCAUAUAUCAACAAUGGCGAUUAUAUCAAAGUCAAAGGUGUUGCAUUUGGUGACGGGGCCUCCAGCUUUGCUGCUGGAGUAGCAUCAGCAGGCAAUGGUGGACAUAUCGAGCUGCGCUUGGACAGCAAGGAUGGCACGGCCAUCGGGACCUGUUCUGUUCCCAUCACAGGAGGGUGGCAGGCGUGGGAGACUGUGAAUUGCUCGAUUAGCGAUGCUACAUCCACUCACGACCUGUUCUUUGUUUUCACUGGCAAUAGUACUGAAUAUUUAUUCAAUUUCGAUUGGUGGCAGUUUAGCUGA